AUGUGCGGUUCUACUGAACAGGAUAAUACAUGGGAGGAUGAAUGGGUUACAUUUUACAAGGAGAGGCGACUGAGACCAGUGCUAAAGAGAUGUCAGCGAAAUAAUCCUAGCGAUUCCGAGUUG